AUGCUAUUGUCUGAAUAUUCCACCCGAUGGAAAAUGCUAUUGUCUGAAUAUGACAUCCAAUAUGUCACACAAAAGGCAAUCAAAGGGAGUGUGCUGGCAGAACAUCUCACUCAUCAACCCCUCGAGGAAUAUCAGUCAAUGAAACUUGACUUCCCUGAUGAAUAUGUCAUGUUGGUAAGAGAUUAUGAAAUACCGAGUCCCAAAGAAGGACCUGAACCUGGGGCAAUAUGGACGCUUACGUUCGAUGGUGCAUCAAAUGUACUGGGGCAUGGAAUAGGGGCAGUUUUGACAUCUCCAGAUAAUUAUCAAAUACCUUUCAUAGCAAGAUUAUGUUUUGACUGCACUAAUAACAUCCCUGAAUACGAAGCAUGUAUCCUGGGUCUAGAGGCUGCAAUUGAUAUAAGAAUCAAGAUCCUUGAAGUUUAUGGUGACUCCGCACUAGUAAUUCAUCAGGUUAAUAAGGAAUGGAAUACACGAGAUUCCAAGCUAAUCCCAUAUAGGGAUCACAUACUGAAGUUAGCAACUGAAUUUGAAAGAAUCACUUUCAAUCACAUUCCUAGAGAAGAGAAUCAAAUGGCUGAUGCAUUAGCAACACUUUCAUCUAUGUUUAAAGUAACAUGGCCGAAUCAUGAACCACGAAUAAUAGUUACGCACUUUGAAGAGCCUGCCUAUUAUCUUGCUGUCGAAGAACGGCCUGACGACAAACCAUGGUUUCAUGAUAUCAAAAGGUACUUGGAAAGGCAAGAAUACCCAGAGAAUACAUCCACGAUUGACAAAAAGACAUUGAGAUGGCUGGCAGCGAAAUUCUUCCUGAGUGGAGAUAUACUAUAUAGACAAAACUAUGACUUAGUGCUACUAAGGUGUGUGGAUGAAAGGGAAGCAAAGGAAAUCAUCAAAGAGGUUCAUGAUGGAACAUUUUGA